AUGGCGGCGGCUGAUGGGGGCCGCGCGGAGGGUGGCUUCCCCGCGCCGCGGCGGGGCUGGCGGACGCUGCUGCCGCCUCCUCUGCUGCUGCUGCUGCUGCUGCUGCUGCUGUUGCUGUCGUGUGCGUCGCCGGGCAGAUCGCGGCUCUACCAGGCCGGGGUGGACCCCGUGUGGGUGCUGCGGGCCGGAAUGGUGCGGCAGGUGCUGCGCGACUCGCCCUCGGCCUGGCUCGUGCAGUUCUAUUCGUCGUCGUGCGGGCACUGCGUGUCCUUCGCGCCCACCUGGCGGGCCUUGGCGGGGGACGUGCACGAGUGGGACCCUGCCAUAAGAGUUGGGGUGCUGGACUGUGGGGAUGAGGAGAACUACGGGACAUGUAAAGAGUAUGGCAUCCCGUACUAUCCCACUUUCAGGUACUUCAGAGCUUUUACAAGGCAGUUCACGACUGGAGAAAGUCGCCUUGGCGCUGAUCGGGAACCUCAGACUGUCCGUCAGACGAUGAUUGAUUUUCUGCAGAACCAUUCCCGAGAAGCAAAGCCGCCUGCUUGUCCGCCGCUGGAACCGAUGCAGCCAGAAGACAUAUUUGCCCUUUUUGAUAAAAACCUUCUGCAUUAUACUGCUGUUAUUUUUGAGAAGACAGACUCAUAUGUUGGGCGAGAGGUGAUCUUGGACCUGAGUCAGUAUGAGAACAUAGUAGUCAAAAGAGUGUCAGGUGCUGAUGCUGUUUUCCUGGAGAAGCUUAAUAUCCCUUCAGUCCCUUCAACGUACCUGAUUUAUCCAAAUGGAUCCCAUGGAUUCAUUCCCAUUUUGAAGCCUCUUCGGUCUUUCUUUUCUUCCUAUUUAAAGUCACUCCAUGGCGUUAGAAGAAAGCUACUUUCACAGCUCCCAACACCUGUCGGACAAAACAGAGAAGAAAACAUGGAUGUCAAGGAAUGGAAAGACUUUGAUAAAUCUAAGCUGUAUAUGGCUGACCUUGAGUCAGGGUUGCAUUACUUGCUCAGGGUAGAACUUGCCACUCACAAAACUCUUGAGGGAGCUGAGCUAAAGACCUUCAAGGAUGUUGUUAUACUCCUUGCCAAGCUCUUUCCUGGCCAGCAGCCCGUCAUGAAGUUGCUGGAAACUCUGGAAGUAUGGCUGGUGAGCCUCCCAUUAGACAAAAUCCCCUAUGAUGCCAUCCUUGAUCUGCUCAACAACAAAAUGCGGAUCUCAGGGCUGUUUCUCACCAACCGCAUCCAGUGGGUCGGUUGCCAGGGCAGCAGGCCAGAGCUGAGAGGAUACACGUGCUCUUUCUGGAAGCUGUUCCACACUCUAACAGUUCAAGCAGCGCUUCGGCCAAAGGCCUUGCUCAACACAGGUUUGGAAGACAGCCCUCAGGCAGUCCUGCGGACCAUGGAGAGGUGCAUCCAGAGUUUCUUCGGAUGCCGAGACUGUGCACAGCAUUUUGCGGAGAUGGCCAGGGAGUCUCUGAGUUCACUGAAGACCUUGGACGAGGCCGUGCUCUGGCUGUGGGAGAAGCACAAUGUGGUGAACGCCCGCGUGGCAGGUGAUUUGAGUGAAGAUCCAAAAUUCCCUAAAGUCCAGUGGCCGACUCCAGAUAUUUGUCCGGCGUGCCAUGAAGAAAUUAAAGGAGCACAUGCUUGGAACAAGGACCAGGUGCUACAGUUUCUGAAGCAUCACUACAGCAGCGACAACAUUGUGUAUACAUACACAGAAGGCCAAGCUCAUCCUGGCGAAGGGGUGCUCCAAGAAGAGCAGGAGAAAAGCCAGCUCAGGAAAGAAGGCCAGAGGAAUGAGGAGAAACUUCAGGAUCCUCAGACAUUGUUGGUCGCAGGGCCGAGAGUCGUGGACAGAUGGAUGGGCCAGGACAGCCCCGUCAAAGAUCGAGGGAAGAAGGGGGCCGAGUCUGUGGUGCAGGAGGACAUGAAGCAAGCAGUGUCCUUCUUGGGGGUCGGCUUCUCUAACGUGGACAUGAGCCUGUGCAUUGUUCUUUACAUAGCCUCGUCUUUAUUUUUAAUGAUCAUGUACUUUUUCUUCCGGAUGAGGUCCAAACGCUGGAAAGUGAGAUACUCCCGUCCCUAUGUAUAAAAACUCAAACCAGAAGCCGAGAUUCUGUCUGUCAGUGGCUUGGUUGUGCUCAGAAGCAGCUUUAAUUUUAUGAUCAGGGAUGUUUUUUACAACAUGGGGUUUCUUGUUUGGCAAUGGUGCUACCCCUUCUUGUUCCACUGCUCACUCACUGAUCUAAUUUCCUGUUGGUGGACGUGACUGGAAGACUUUUUGCCUGUAACAACCAAAUCGUGCACACAUGUGAAACAUUAAAAAGUUCCCGGUGAUCUUGUCA